AUGAACGCAUCUAAAGUUGUUCUCGUCGUUAUUACAUUGACGUUCGGAGGGUUUGCCGACGCUUCCAAAGAAACCCGGAUAGUGUAUCCCAUGCUCAUUGAAGAAAGGUCGCUGGAUGCCAGGAAAGUGGUCCGGGUCGACGAGCAUUUAACUCUGCACCUCACGAAGAGCUCGGUCGUCGCCGAUGAACUUUACGUGUCUUUGAAUCGAAACGGAAGAAAAGUAGAGCAAUGGAUGUCCGGAAGACUACUUUCAGAGCGGUUGUACGUUGACCGUAGGCACCUUGCCGCAAUAUCCUUGGAGCAAUCUGGCGGUUUCUAUAAAAUGAGUGGACUAGUGAACGCAACGCACUCUAUCCAGCCGCUGGUUGCGAUGGCUCGGUCGCGGGCCGGCUUAAUGCCUCACGCCGUACGUGCCAUACAAAAGCCACGUAUAACUUCAAGGUCCGAUGACAUUCUAAACGGAGGCGAUACAUGGUUCGAUGAAGUCGACCUGACUAAUGCUUGGAAACACAGACGUGAUCGCUGGCCCAAGGAUAAAUAUUCGAGUGUUACCAUGCAGACUAUAAUCGUGGCCGAAGCUGAUUUGCUCAAUACAAUUUUUAUAAGCCCAGUCCCGGAUGACCCAAUAACGUACCUGCUGCUCUAUGGGGCUUCUGUUGCCCUACGAAUUCAGGCCCUGGAAUACCCAGGAAUCAACAUGAUUCUGACUGGCGUCUUCAGCGCGCCUCAACGUGUGGAGCAACUUAUAAAAUCUCAAAGUCCGCGAACGGUGCCCGUAAUACAAACCACUAAUGUACUAGCGUCAAUGCUUACUAGGCGUGGGACCCCGCACAACAGUGCUGAUGUGGUCAUUUUUCUCACAAUGUACGAUCUAAGCGAAUCCCAAACUCGUUAUACUGACGACGAUAAAAUUGGGUAUGCUCAACUAAGAGGCGUGUGCACCAAAUUUAAGUACGCCUAUGUAAAGGAUGGUGGCUACUACGAAGGAGUGGAAGUGGCAGCAGUACUUUCUGCAAGACUGCUAGGUGCGGAGUAUGACGGAAGAUUGGAUGCUGCACCGUGCCCUAACUUCGCCGGGUUUUUUAUGGGCACCGAACAAAUUUUUGUGCCGUUCGCAUUUUCUAAUUGUUCAAGAGAUUUAAUCCUCAAGAAUCUUGGAAUACGCAUGGGCGGCAACUGUCUUAACCCUAAUUACGCGAGGCCAGCAGUCUUCGGGAGAAAAAAAUUAAUUGGUGUGGGACUAACGCCGGAUGAAGUCUGCUCGUACCAUGAUCCGGCAUGGAAAUACUGUCACACGGAGUACAGCCUCCUGCCCUCUACGUGUACAGUGGACUGCUGUGAGUGGAACGGCCCUUCAAAAACAAAAACGAUGACCCUUUUCGGUUUCGACGGAAUGUCUUGCCGUUCUUUCUUCGACACGUAUCACACUGUUGGCAUGUGCAUCAAUGGAUUCUGUGAGAGACAAACACGAAAGAUUCAAGCACCCCAGAGUAAGCCACAGAAGGGGACCAAGCCACCGAAGGCCCCACUGCCGCCGCCGGGAAGAAGAAAACCGUGA